GCUAAUAUUACUUAUCAUUACCGCUAUUACUGCUAUUCCCUACCAUAGUAUUUUCCCUCUUUUCCUCUCUUUUUUCCAUUCUCUUUAAUUUAUUCGUUAUUCGAGUGCUCCAAUGAUAUUAUUAGCGCUUUUGCUGCUGACGACGGCGCUCAUACCAUGUGUAUUUGCAGGUCCCAGUGCUGCAGAAGAAGCAUCGGGCACACCGCCUUAUAUUAUUGCAGUUGCCAUUAUCAUACCGUUGCUGUUCGUACCUAUUGCCCUCUUCUUUAUUAUUCGAGUCCGUCGUCGACGUAAUGUUUCGAGAAAGCGCACAAGCAAACCAGCUACAACCAACACAACCGGCACAACAGACCCAUACACUUCUGCAACAACCGAGGAGAAAAAGAUUGACACCAACAUUCAUAACCAUCACCACGAGUCCAUUGAUAUCGACCGCUGCUGCUCUGAAGAAUCGUGCGAUCCACCUCCACCGUUAUCACCUCCAACAAAGUACGAGGACUUCAAAAUCAUGUUACCCAUUCCACCAGCAUCAACGUCGCUGUUUUCCGACAAGUUAGAGCUAAGCUCAGACGAGGCUACGGAGCUCUACAGAAAGUACAUGAAUGGGGACGGCAAGUUCGUCUCAAUCGAUCAACAAACGACAACUGGCACACAACGAAACCGGUUCUCAACCAUGAUGCAGCAAAAGACGGCCACCAUUCGUAGCACACUGCGUCAGUCAAUACGACGUCAACGGUCAACGAAACAAAUGUCGUCGUCUACCACACCUUUGCGAGACUUAUUUGACCGACCGCCAAGCCGUCGGUCAUCUGUGUCGUCCUCGAAAAUUCCAUUAGCAACAUCGCCGAGAACUCCAGAUACGCCCUUGACGCCCUUGACACCACUACCUCCACUUGCUUCACCUUCAUUUGCUGAAAAAGUUGCCGUAGAUGACAACUAUCAGCCGGUCGACCUUCCAAAAAGUCCUCGUGGAGGAGGUGAUUUUAACACUGUUGCUGCCGUCUAUAUACCCCCCGCUCCACCUACUCCUACACCCACGGUAGCAGCUCCUGAUAACACUGCUUAUUCCAAUUAUACUCCACCUGCUACCACUGCUGCUACGGCUGCCUCUUUUACUAAUACUCCAGAUACCACCACGUCCAUAAAACAGCAACAGCAGGAGCCUCCAAAGCAGCAACAACAACAACAAAAACAAAAAAUACAUGAAGAAGAGGAUGAAAAGGCGUCACGGGCAGCUGAGACAGAAGCUCGCCAAGUGAUUCAAUUUGCUUCGAUUCGCUCCAGACGACGGUCCUUUUUGGCAGAUUUGCAACGAGAAGAGGAGUCAUCCCAAUCCAAUAACAACUUAACACCAUCCUCGUCGAAUUCGGACUUUUCACGUAGUAGCCCAAGCGUACAGGAUAUCAUUAGCUGGUGGCAGAAAGGAUCUUCAGUCAAGAGCAGUCAAAGUAACAAUUCGAUAACCCCGUCGGUAGCAGUUGCUGCGACUACGACAAGUACUUCUCAGCAGCAAGAACAACAACAAUCACGACAACAACAGCCGACAGAACCAUCAUCGUUGUCGCCUCAGCUAUCGUCACCACAGCAGCAACAACAACAACCAGCAGCAACAGUAGCAGCCCCAUAUUCUUCCUCUCCUUAUGAAUCGCAGCCUCAAGAUGAAACACCAAAGCCAACACCACCAGCAUCCGUUCGUGGGCAGUCAAUGGUAUCACGUCAAUCAUCCAUAAUGCGACCCGCCAGUAGUCUCUUUUCAGGCACUAAUGGAUCACCACGAGCAAGCUUAGGCAGCCUAUCACGUCUAUCAACGGCUGAGCGUAUGAUGAUUAUGGGCAAUAGCAGUAUCAGCAGUAACACGAGCAACGUUGACUCCAUUCGACGCUCACUACAGGCGACAUGGAGCUCGGAUCAUAGUAGCAACAAUAGCAGUGCAAAUAGUAGUAUUGCCAGCCGUCAUCAGCAACAACAGCCAACAACUCACAACAACUUGCUGUCCAUGCGCGGUCAACAGCAUUGGCAGCAACGACCUGCCAUGCCAGAUGGAUUCAUGGCGGAUGAAGGACCCAUGCCCACCGCGUCAUUUUCGUCUUCAACAGUACAGACCAUGAUUCCUGAAGGUGAAUACCACGAAGAAGCGGAAAAGAAACAGCAAAAACAACAAAAGACAACACACCAAGGAUCAUUCAGUCGAAAUAAUCCUAUCAAUCAACGCCAAUCCCUUACCGUGGCUGCUACCACUGCGGCUGCUGUCAAAAAGUCAAACGCCAAAUCCAAUACCACUAUUGCUAAUGGGACUGUUGGUGGUGGCACAAGCGGAGGUACAACGUUCAGUACAAUGCGUGGUGGACGGAAACAGCAACGUGGCAGCAUUCCUUGGCUGCAGCAAACCAGCAGCAAUAGCAGUAACAGCAAAAACAGCAAAACGCCCGCACAGCGAGAACGGGAUCGCUAUUUGCAGUCCUCGAAUAAAUAGUAUACUACUUUCUCUUAUCCCCCUCUACCCCUUCCUUUUUUGCAGUAGCAGCAGAGAAGUUGACAUAGGACAGCAGCAACAAACAAACAGCCAAUCCCUUAAUAUCUACACAUAUAAUGUUUU